AUGAUCGGUUUAUCAAACUCUUUCGUUAUUGCGAUAACUUUCCAGAUUAAGGACUCGGUCGCUUUCUUGCGAGAAUUUAUUAUGCAAGAACGGGAUGUCAAUGACUUAAAAAACUACUAUCGCACUUUCUUUCGAGUCUUCGAAAAGCUUAUCUUAAUGCACUUUUUAAGCAAGACCGAACAAGGCCGCUUGUUCUUUUUCGGAUUGCCCGUCGGAAUCCGAAACAAAACGAUUAAGCAUUAUAAGGUCGACGAACUCGACCUAGACUCUUAUACCGCUUUCGAUGAUUUCGCUGCAUUCGCUUUUAAGACCGACUAA